UGAACGUCGGCUGGCAAUGGUGGGCGUCAGUGUUUAGGGUUGCGACAGUACCCAGGUGGUCUUGUAACUGUCAUAGUGUUCCCGUGUCAUGUCAUCACCUGCAGUCGACUUCGGAACUUUCAGCUUCUAAUUAGUAAUAUUCAUUGUCUUAACGAAGCAUUCCUUUCGUGAAACACUACAGGUUAAUUAUAAAAACGCCUUAAUAAAUAUUGUCUUCAGUUCCACGAAGAUUAUAACGGACAUUUUCAGAGAACACCAAAAUUUAAUGAGCCGUAAUUAUGACGAUGUAUGUCACUGAAGAUGAAUUAUAUCAGCAAUAUUAUCGUACUAAAUCAAUUCGCACGGUAAACAAUUUCGGUUAUAAUAUGCUGACAUCUGAAACAUGAUCAGUGUCUGGUGUCUCUUACCGUAAGCGGGGAAAGACGCAGCGGCAUGCACGUCGUUUUCUCCAACGGCGGAGAUAGAAGGCCCCAUUUUCAACGGUAGUGUGAUUUGAAGGCGUUUUCCGACAACCAUCAUGAUGUUGAUGUCAUUCCUGGAAAAACAUUUCCACAAGCAACGGACAAGUCCUACCAAGAAAGGUGGAAAUCGUGAAGGGUCAGUCAGGACUGAGCCUGAAUGCGGGGAUGUAGUCCGAUCUGAAGGCGUAAGUCGUCGCUGUAGCGAGAUGGAGCCACCGACCGAAACCCAAGAUGAUUAUGAGAUAGCGUUAAGCCAGAAGUCACAACGGGAUGCUCAGUUGAACUGGAUGCUCACAUUUGUGGCUGUGAGCGUCGCAUGCAGUUGGCUGCUGGGUGCCCUCGGAUUGUCCUUGGCAUGGCUCUUACUUCUGUUAGCUCUGGUUGCUGCAGUUUGGAAAACCAAUCUUGUGCGGCUGGUGGAGGCUGCUGUAAGCUAUGAGACUCUUCGGGUUCGACGGAAACGUGCCCUUAGUCAGGACGAGACAGCUGAAUGGUUCAACUUCCUCCUCAACCGAUG